GACCUACGAUAAACAAUCCAGAUUAUCUCUAUCUGUCAUAUUCCUGAGCUUACAUACAACUUGACGUUCCACGUGCCAAAGAUACACUGUUCUCCCGAAAGCAUUAAGGCCAUCCGUACUCCGAGAGCCUUCAACGUCAAUUUCAAACCAACAGGCUGCUAUAUCGCUGCGUAGACGAAGAGAGCUUCAUUUCACGCCUGACCAUCUUCUGUCUCAAUUUUUAACCACACUUUGCUUUAUCCAACUUCUUUGCUUAGCCAAUAUAUCAUCUUACUAUGAGAUCCCACGAGCCGUACCAACGACCACCGCGUGAUGUCAUUGCUGCCACAACGCUCGCCACCCGGGCGGGGCUUCAAAAAAUCAUCGAUGCCAAGAUGGGAAACACCCCUAUGGCUGAAAAUGCCAGCACAUAUGUGAAGUACUCCUCCAAUAGCCUCGCCAGCUCAACCACCAACGAACGGAUCAUCAAGAUCCAGGAUAUCCAGGAAGACCCGAUGCUUCCGCCCAAGCACCAGCUUCGAAAAAACCGCCACCGCGACCCCUCACCACCAGCGCCGGUUUUGCGAGAAGCGAUCAAGCCUGCAACGGCCGAGGAGCAGAAACAGUGGCGGAUUCCGUCGGCUGUGUCGCACUGGAAGAACCCGUUGGGCUUCACUGUCAGCAUCGAACAGCGCCUCGCAGCGAACAACGGUGGGACGUUGGAGAGGUCCCAGGCAGAGCUCAACAAUACCAACUUUGCGAACCUUGCGGAAGCAUUGUCCGAUGCCGACAGGGAGGCCAGAGAGGGGAUCAAGAUCCGGUCGCAGUUGCAGCACCAGAGGCUCGAGCUAGAACAGCGUGAAAAGGAGCAGCGGUUGCGGGAGUUGGCUGACCGUGCCAGACAGGAGAAGCGGGUCAGAACGAAGGAAGAUGACGAUAAACAGGACCAGGCGCAGAGGAGAGAGCAGAUCCAUAUUGAGAGACGUAAGCAGGCCGAAAAGGAACUCCGGUUGUCACGGAUGGGGAGUGAGCAGCGGGUUCGCCAGCUAGCGCGGGACACCAACAGAGAUAUCUCCGAUAAGGUCGCGCUUGGGGUAGCCAAGGCCACAGGUGAGACAAAGACGAUGGAGCUGGCGUUUGAUCUGCGCUUGUUUUCCAAGGCUGCGGGAAGUAACGCGGUGCACAGUGAGGACCAGGUAUACGACGCUCCGUUGUUUGCGGGCCAGGAAGCCGUUAGUCACAUCUACCGGCCGAAGGCUAGCGAGGACGACGCCGGUGGAUUUGCCGAUGAGAGCCGCUUUGAGGGCUUGGGGAAGGCCAAGAAGCUGUUUCUGGGAGUCGAAGAAAAAAAGGGGCCUGUGGAGUUUGAACGAGAUGUAUAACGUGACUGAGGGGUUAUUAAACGGUUUAAUGAUGUAAGGUAGUUUUAAUAUCAUAAUUGACAUGUCGUUAAUAUCAAAAUUAUCAUGUCAUUUUUAAUAUCAAAAUUAACAUCCC